AUGCCGUCCGCAACUCCUGCACCUCCUCCUCCUCCCUCCAUCCCAGGCCUCACCACCUCCCAACUCUCCUCCUUCCGCGACAACGGCUACCUCGUCCUCGAAAACUACCUCAGCGAAUCCGAAGUAACAGCCCUCCUGACAACAACAAACACCCUCCUCUCUGGCUUUCCCCUAGACACCCACCCCCUAACCCGCUUCACAACCGGCACCUCCACCACCUCCGACACCGAGGCCAACGCAAAACACAUCGGCGACACCUACUUCCUCACCUCCGGCCACAAAAUCCACUUCUUCUUCGAACCCGACGCCUUCCUCCCCCCGUCCCAAUCCUCCACAUCGCCGCCAACCCUCAAAGCCCCCAAACACCUCUCCAUCAACAAAAUCGGUCACGCCCUACACGCCCUCUCCCCCCCUUUCACCGCCACAACCACUCCUCCGCAUCCAACCGGCACCCGCAACGCCGCCAUAGCUCGCGACCUGGGCUUCCGGGACCCCCGCGUCCUGCAAUCGAUGGUCAUAUGCAAGCAGCCGGGGAUCGGGGCGGCGGUGCCGCCGCAUCAGGAUAGUGAGUUUUUGUAUACGGAUCCGCCGAGUGCGGUGGGGUGGUGGAUUGCGUUGCAGGAUGCCGGUGGGAAGAAUGGGGGGUUGGGGUUCUGGAGGGGGAGUCACAAAAGGGGGUUUGUGAGGAGGAGGUUUGUGAGGUGUGAGGGUGAGGGUGGUGAGGCAGGGACGGAGUUUGUGGAGUGGAAGGGGCGAGGGUUGGCGAGGGAGUUGGUUGAUGGGGAAGAAGCUGGGGAGGACGAGCCGUACACUCCGCGCGAAGAGGAUUUUGAGAUCUUGGAUGUCAAGGCGGGGUCGCUGGUGCUUAUCCAUGGGAAUGUGUUGCAUAAGAGCGAGAGGAAUACGAGUGGGAAGAGUCGGUUUGCGUAUACUUUUCAUGUUAUUGAGGGGGCGGAAGGGUGGGGGUAUGAUGGGCGGAAUUGGCUGCAGCCGCCGGAGGGUGGGGAUGGGUUUACGAGGUUGUUUGGGUGGGAGUACUGUGGGGAGAAUGGAGAGAAUGGAGAUGCGAGGGAAGGGGGAAGAAGGGGAGGAGAAUAG